AUGUCCACCUUCAUCGUCCGUCCGUCAAACACGGACCGAGAUCCCUUUCGGAUAAAAUUGACCGCUGUUUCCAUGCUCUCACUCAAACUCAAGUCCGGUGACACGUGUGAGCUCCAAGGCACAGAAAGCCCGGCACAUGGAAAGAAGAAAUUGGCCAUCGCCUGGGAAGCCUCGGGAGCAGGGAUGAAAGACUCGAUUGUGCAAACCUCCAAACUCCUCCAAGAGGUGUACGGAUUCAGACUUGGGGACAAGAUCACGAUUGCCCGAUCGUCACAGGCGCUACAGGAUUCUGCUCUGAUCAGCCUUGAACACGUCGGAUCGCCUUUGGAUGAAGAGGCCACGAGUUUCUGGGAAAGCUAUGCAAAGUUGGCAAUCCCUGGCAUUGAUGAAUGCCUGGUGGAAAGUCAACGGCUGCGGUUCAAGUUGGGUCUCGAAGUGACUGAAUUCGUCGUCGGUAAUGUCGGCGUUCAGCAGGCUUUGAUUGCACGUGUGACCAAGAACACCAAAUUCCGAAUCAGCUCCGCCGAUGAACCGACUUCUAGUGUGGAAAUAGAUUUCCGACCCGACCACCUCGGUGGCUUGCAAGAAGAGAUUCGUCAAGUCCGAGACAUUGUCGCCAGAAUAUGCCGCCCAAUCGUGAAGACUCAUUUUCGGUUGUAUCGCCCUAUCCAGGGCGUCCUCCUUUACGGCGCCAAAGGCACUGGCAAGACGGCAUUCAUUUCAGCCCUGGCAGAGUCGGGAUGGCCCAUGCUUAUUAACUGGAAACCAGGAACACAGCUUCAACUCUCAAAUGAGGCCCGGCUAGUCACCAUAGGCGCGAGAUAUCUGUCACGCAGUUCGAACGGCACAUCUGCCGUGCUUGACGAGCUCGACCAAUUGUUUGACCAAGUUAGAGGCAGUCCGACAUUGGUGAUCAGUGAGGUCCGACAUCCAAAUGAUGUGGAUCAGACUUUACGGGCUGAAGGGAGAUUCGCCGCCGAAAUUGAAUUGCCUAUCCCUUCAGCGCAUCAGAGAAAGGAGAUCUUGCUCGCAUUGCGUGGCAACGACGGUGUCCCGCAGGACGAGCUACUUGGGGAAAUGGCGGAUAGAACCCACGGCUAUGUCGGCGCUGAUCUGUACGCGCUUGUUCGACGGACCCUGGAACUUGCAUCAGAUCGAGCCCAACCAUCGGACAACCAGACAAUCAAUGGUGAGACUCCGAUUGAGAAGAGAGAGAGACGGCUGUCGUUGUCGACACCGACUCAAAAUACUCGACCAUUGAACGUAAUGUCCGCAGACCUUGACGAAGCCCUUCACCAGAUCCGACCGUCUGCCCUGCAAGAGAUAUUCCUGGAAACACCCAAUGUGCAUUGGUCAGACAUUGGCGGCCAACAUGAGAUCAAACGGCAACUGCACAAUGCCGUGGAACGACCGUUGAAAUUUGCCGAGCGCAUGAAGCGAUUGGGACUUCAACCGAAGAAAGGCGUCCUUCUUUACGGUCCACCCGGCUGUUCCAAGACUUUAUUGGUCCGAGCACUGGCCACCGAAGCCGGCUUGAACUUUCUGGCCGUCAAAGGGGCCGAGCUGAUCUCGAUGUAUGUGGGCGAGAGUGAAAGAGCGACGCGCGAAGUGUUCCGAAAAGCCCGAGCGGCCAGUCCCAGUAUCAUCUUCUUCGACGAGAUCGACGCCAUUGCAUCCCGUGGCAGGAGUGGAAGCGACUUGAACGUGCUGACAACCCUGCUCAAUGAGAUGGAUGGGUUUGAAGAACUGCGCAACGUCUUGGUCGUCGCUGCCACCAACAAGCCCCAGAACAUUGACCCGGCGCUGAUGCGGCCCGGCCGAUUCGACAACGUGGUGUACAUUGGCCCGCCAGACUUUGAAGCGAGGAAAGAGAUCUUCCAGAAACGGUUGGCAAAGAUCGGCUAUGAGCACCGGGUCGGGUUGAACGAAGACAUUGAAGAGUUUGCCAGAUCGACCGAGGGCUUCUCGGGGGCCGAGAUUGUCGCCAUUUGCCAGACUGCUGGCGAAUAUGCCUUUGACGGCGACCGAGACAUCAUCGUGUCAGACGACAUGACCAAGGCGAUUGAGAGGACCCCCAAGAGCAUUACAAGAGAGAUGUUGUUCGAAUUCGAGAGCUGGAACGAUGCUCGAAUGCGAUGA